UAGAGACAUUCACAGGCUGCUGCAGCACUCAGACUUUGCUACCACACAGCAAGCACUGCGAGAACAAACAUGGACCUCCAUCGGACCAGUAUAUUAAACCAAAUGGAUUAUAAUCGGGAUUCUAAAGAAGGGAAAGCGACCCAAUCGACGGAAGAGCGACUCGACAGCGGCGUUGACUCGCUGAAGGAGGAAGAGUACCAGGCUGUGGCCGAUGAGAUCCAUCGGCUCCAGCUGGAGAGCGAACACCAACAGGCCGCUGCUUUAACCAAGGAGCCGCUGCAGGAGUGGCAGACACAGACCACAGACGAGGGAGACACGCUGCUCCACUUGGCCAUCAUCCACGAGGCAAAAGACUACAUCAAACAAAUGAUUGAGCUUUCAAGAUUCUCAAACUUCCUGGAUGCACAGAAUGAUCUGAGACAGACACCUCUGCACUUAGCAGUAAUAACAAACCAGGCAGAUGUGUGCUAUAGUCUGCUCGAUUCCGGUUGUGACCCCACUUUGGUGGACAACAACGGGGACACACCUCUCCACAUCGCCUGUCGCCACGGUAACCUGCACUGCUUCAGCGUUAUCACACAGCACUGCAGGUUGGAGCACCUACACACAGCAAUGGCUGCCUGCAAUUACAGUGGUCAAAACUGCCUUCACCUGGCUUCAGUUCAUGGGUUCCUUUCACUGGUGGAGAAAAUGGUUGAUCUCGGAGCGGAUAUCAACGCAAAAGAGCAGCACAACGGUCGCAGCUCUCUGCAUCUGGCUGUGGACCAGCAGAACCUGGGUCUGGUCAAACUCCUAUUGAGGAAAGGAGCUGACCCCAACCUCCUCUCGUCAGGGGGCCACACUCCCUUCCAACUGACAUAUGGUUUGGAGAACUGCGAUAUCCGGAAAGAGCUGCUUCCGGUGACCCAUCCGGAUCUUAGGGAGCUUUAUGAAUCAGACAACAGCGAGGAAGAGUCGGAAGAAGAGCAGGAGGAGUCAGAGUCGGAUGUCGAGGGAAUGUACGAUGACUUUCGGUGGAACGGACAUUAGCAGAAACAAGAUCAAGGAAGUUGCAGAACAGCCAAAGGUGAUUGUGACAAGAAUGAAGAUGGCAUAGCUCAGCGCGUGUAUGAUUCAUUUGCUGUCACGGCGGAAGGAUGACAAGCAAAGGGGAUGCGGCUGAAAGAGCACAAGUGCUGCUGAAAAAGAGGCCAGGCUGGCUGCUCCGGAUAUAAAACAGAACUCUGACCACUGCAGGAGAGCAAAUAAAAAACAAAAUGCACAGGUCGAAACAGGAAUGCUGUGUUAGAGGAUCACAUGUGGGGCACUUUAAAGACCCUGUACCCGCUCUGUUGUAUGAUACUGUAAAUGCUGUGUAUAUGAAGAUGUAUUUUUUAUGGAAGCUGUGAAUGUGUACAGUUCAGCAGGUUGUAAAUGUCGGAUGGCAAACAGUUCCAGCGCGCACCAAUUAAAUUAAAACACUCAUAUUUAACAUCUCAGACCUUC